AUGGAAGCAAGCAGCAGAGUGAUGGUGCAGGUGCUGUUGUUGGCGUUGGUGGUGCAGGUCACCCUGUCCCAGCACUGGUCCUACGGAUGGCUACCAGGUGGAAAGAGGAGUGUGGGAGAGCUGGAGGCAACCAUCAGGAUGAUGGGUACAGGAGGAGUGGUUUCCCUUCCUGAAGAGGCGAGUGCCCAAACCCAAGAGAGACUUAGACCAUACAAUGUAAUUAAUGAUGAGUCCAGUCAUUUUGACCGAAAGAAAAGGUUCCCGAAUAUUUGA